GGUACAUAGUACCUAUAGUUCAUGGUAAUCUGCAACAACUUAAGCCGCCGCAUCAUAAGAUCAAUAUUUGCUAAUACAACAUUCAAAAACAUUCUACCUACUUCGCAACGUAAUGCGAUGCGCUUAACUUCUCAACCUUGACCUAUUCCUCAAUUUCUAUUUUUGUCGCACAUAAGAGGAGACACGCCCACCCGGGCAGGAAAAUCACACAAAAAUGGCUGCUGGAUUCGGAAGCUCUUCCUACUACGAUCGACAGUUCAGACAAUCCCCCGCCCUCAUCCGAGCACGUCGUCCUUACCUCUUCAAGAACGCCGUUGUCGGGUCUGUCGUAGCCGCCGUUGCGGUUGGUGUUUAUGCGUACACAAUCAGCGUCAUCGGACAGGACGAGUUUGAAGACGUAAAGGUCCCCAGCGCGCCAAGUCAACCGGAGAAGAAAUAAAUCAAUAAAUACAAAGGCACUACCAUUGGAUAUAAUGUUAUCAAGUAAAUAAGAAUCUAUAGGAAAAAAAGAAACAAAAAUUCACACAAAACAUUCGACCACUCGGGUUUGCGGAAGUAUCGGA